CUAUGUUCUACUGGGUUGGAAGAUUCCAUGUAUUCCACGAUCCCACCUGCCAAACCACAGUCGCCUACUGCGUUGUCGUCCUGUCGAAUUAGGAGCAGCAAAUCUAGCGUUCAGUUUAAAUAUCGGUACGUAGCGGUUGAUAACUCUUUGCCCUUCCGAUAUGUAUGGGUUGUAAUUUUUUGUACCCUAACAAUGCCUGGACCUUCUGAACAAUUCACUCAAGGUCUCAACUUUGAGCCUAGUGCUAGGGUUUACAAGCAACAACAGAAAGCGGAGUCAUUGACUCCGUUUUCGAACCUCCUUCGACCGCGUGUUGCCACCACGAACAGAAGAAUAACAAACUGGCUUUUACCAAUCGCGAGUCAAAACUCGAAAAUAAACUUCGAGUUUUUCAAUACAUGGAUCUACAGUGUAGCCAAUUCCUUUUCCACAUUUCCUAAUUGUCUUUCUGGAGGUGAUGAUUCCCGCACUCAGACCAUUCAGCUGAAGAGUGGAGUUGGUGACUUUGAUGCUGUGACUGCAUUUCCGGUCUUCCGUUUCUACAACUCCGAAACACGCGCCUACAUUUCGAGGAGCAACUCAACUAGCGAGGUAGUUGCUCAGACCCAUGACCCUUUCAGCCAGACCAUCGAAUGGGAAUGGAUACCUCAGCCACAAAAUUUCGGUGCAUUUUUGCGGAACAAGGCAACAAAACACUUUCUUUGUUUCAACAAGCAUGGCAGGCCAACUGUCCGUAAACGUAUAAAUCUACGCCGCUGUCUCCUUCAUGGUUUUCUUCCAAGUCGGGAACUUGCCGUCGCAGAAAAGCUUCUGACGUCCCCACAUAGGGCGUCAUCACCAGAGAAAAGUCAUGUGACUCUCAAUUCCGAGUUCCAGCUUCAAACUACCAUCACCGCUACUAACAUCAGUAGCAACAGUAGUAAAUCAAAGGAAGUGAGACGCAGUCCCGGACGGGAUUAUCCACCGCGAAGUGAUAAUUUCGCCAAGUUCUCCAUUCCUGUUGCAGUCCACUUGGCGUCCAAGUUGCACAGCCCACCCUGGUACAUAGGGUUCUGUCCCAAUGGUCAUGCCUUCGCCAACCGCAAGCCCUACAUGGCCGUUUGUCCAAACUAUCGCCUCUCUAAGAGGUGGAACUUACUUUACAUCUGCCCGCCCAUACCGAACCAGUGUCGAAGACCCGAAUGUCGGUCGAUCAGGCGUACAGUUGCGCAAACUAGGGAGUGUCCACGUGCCUGUCAUUUCAGCAUUUAUUGUGGAGAUAUGCCGAACGUUUUCAUCUCCGUAAAUCCAUAA